AUGGUGGCUUCGCUCUCUAUCACGGAGUUCCCUCCCUUGGUAGAGAAGGCAAGAGUGAUGGAGAAGCUCAAAGCUGAAGUUGAAGCUCAGCAGAGGUCUCAGUUGAAGGCAGCGGGUCGGGUGUACGCUGUCACUGGUGCCGAGGUAGAUGAAUCAGGUAACCUUAUCAUCGGGUCUUGUGUGAUAGCUGGUAGGAGCUUGCAUGUUCUGUUUGAUUCGGGGCCGACACAUUCUUUUGUGUCGAAAUCUAGAGUGGUGAAGUUGGGUCUUCUAGUGAAGGAGCUCCGGUAUGACCUGGUGGUGUCCACACCUGCUUCUGGGUUGGUCAAGACCUCGACCGUGUGUGUUAGGUGCAAGAUCGAGGUUGAGGGGCGCAAGUACAGGGUGAACCUCAUCUGUUUACCCUUAGUGGGGCUGGAUGUCAUCUUGGGGAUGGAUUGGCUAUCUGCCAAUCACAUUCUCAUUGACUGCAACGAAAGGAAAGUGUUGUUUCCUAGCUUAGAAGAUGAAGAUUUGUUGGUGUCCUCACAGUAG